CGUCGCUGGAUAAUUGAUACGACCUCCUCGGAUGAAUUAUAUUACGUGCACGCGGUCGGCCUGCUGCAGGCAUUUCAGCGGCACGGCAGCGGUGUCCCAGACCGCAGCCCGGGUCGUCAUCGCCGGUGCCGGCCUGUUGGGCAACUCGGUGGCUUACCAUCUGACGCAGAAUGGCUGGAACAACGUGAUUGUGCUGGACCAACGCACCAUCGGCAGCGGGACGUCGGAUUUUGGCAGUGGAACCAUCGGACUGUUCAAACCCAGCCCCGAGCGGAACAUAAUCCUGGAAAGCGUCAAAUUGUACGAACGACUGCAACGAGCUGGCCACAACGUGGGCCUUAAGCGCUGUGGCAGCCUGAACCUAGCCCAAACGCACGACCGCGUUGUCGCGCUCAAGCGAAGAAUCGCGUACAACAUGCCCGCCGGGCUGUACUGCGAGCUGAUUGACGCGGAGACGGUCCGAAACUUGCAUCCGCUGCUAAACGUUGACGACAUCCAGGGAGCGGUCUACGUGCCGAAAGAUUGCAUCGCCGAUCCGGCCCUAGUGCUAGAAGUUCUAGCCAAACUCUCCAAACAGGCGGGCGUCAAGUACUUUGAAAAUUGUCGCGUCGAGUUCGUCAACACCAAAGGCGGACGCGUCGAAAGCCUCGAAACGGACAUCGGCACUAUCAAGUGUGAAUACUUCAUCAACUGCACCGGCAUGUGGUCCCGCGAGCUUGGCCUACGCUGCAAACGACCCGUGCGCAUCCCAGCCUACCCGGCGCAACAUUUCUUCGCCGUCACAGCAGGUCUCAACCUCCCCGAGGCGAAACUACUGCCCUGUGUCCGAGACUACGACUCGAACAUGUACGCGAGACAACUCGGCAGCGAGAUGAUGGUCGGUUGGUUCGAGAAAGCGGCCAAACCCGCCUUCGAAAACAUCAAAGAUAUCCCGAAAAACUGGAAGGAACACAUCGAGGACAGCGCGCCCAACCAUUGGGAACCACUGUGGGACAAGGCGGUGGACCGGAUUCCACUGCUCACAGAUUCCGGCGCACCAACAAUCACCAACAGUCCGGAUAACUUCACCCCGGACGGGCGCUGGAUCUUCGGCGAAACUGCCGAGGUGAAAAAUUACUACGUGGCAUGCGGCAUGAACGGAAACCCGCUGCAAGGUUCCGGCGGAGUCGGCAAAGCACUGGCCGAGUGGAUCGUGAACGGAACGCCGACCAUCGAGAUGCUGCCGUUCAACAUUCAGCGCUUCCUGGAUCUGCACAACAACCGGCAGUAUCUGCAGCACCGCAUUCGCGAAGUCGUCGGCCGGCAGUACGCGAUUCUCUAUCCGAACCAGAGCGAGUACAAAUUUGCCCGCCAGUUGCGAUGCUCGCCGCUGUACAGCGAGCUGGAAACGCGCGGGGCCGUGUUCGGAACGAAGAUGGCCUACGAGCGGGCGCUGUACUUUGAUUCGGAUUAUGAGCGUGGUUCCCCCCUCCCAACGAUGCCACCCGGCAGCUUCUACAAGCCAAAGUUCUUCAAGCACAUGCAGAAGGAGUAUUACGCGUGUGCCCACCACGUUGGCAUCAUCGAUAUCUCCUCCUUCUCGAAGAUUGAAAUAAAACCAGGCGUCCGGAGCGGCGACAGCAACCGGAACAGCGUGCUGGAAUACCUGCAGAAGAUGUGCGCCAACGAUGUGGACAUCGAGAUCGGGCACAUCGUCCACACGGGAAUGCUGAACGAGCGGGGUGGCUACGAGAACGAUUGCAUGUUGAUCCGACAGAGCCGGGAUCAUUACUUUAUGAUUUCGCCGUCGUCGCAGCAGACGCGGAUUUAUGACUGGAUGUCGCGGAAUCUGUUUGCGGACGCCAGUGUCAAGCUGAACGACGUAACGUCCAUGUACACCGUCAUCAACGUGGUUGGGCCGAAGGCGACGCAGUUGAUGAGCGAGCUGUCCAACUCGAACUUAAAGCUGCAGCCGUUUAUCUACAAGAAGCUGAACGUGGGAUAUGCCAGCGAUGUGAUGAUCAUGACCUUUACCCACACCGGGAUGCCUGGUUAUUGUUUGUACGUUCCGUCGGAGUACGCGCUGCACGUUUACAAUCGGUUGAUGACCAUCGGGCGGGAUUACGGCGCACGGGAUGUGGGCACGCUGACGCAGCGGUAUCUGCGAAUCGACAAGUUUAUCCCGUUCUGGGGCGACGAGCUGACGAGUCUGACGACGCCGUUCGAGGCCGGAGUGGUGUAUUCGAUUUCACAAUUGAAGAAAAAAGCAAACUUUAUCGGGCGGGCGGCCCUCGAGCAGCAGAAGCAGCAGGGGCUAACCAAGCGGCUGGUUCUGUUCCACCUGGAGGACAUUGACGUCGACAAGGACGUGUGGCCAUGGGGUGGUGAACCACUUUAUCGCAACGGGGAAUACUGCGGAACGGUGACCUCGGCGGGGUACGGAUUCGCGUCGGAAAAGCUGGUCUGCCUGGGGUACAUCAACCGGUCAACGCGGGACACGUCCAAGAUCAUAACCAACGAGUACAUCAUGGACAAGAGCGCCGUGUACCACAUUGACAUUGCCGGGCGGUUGUUCCGUCUCACGCAGCACAUCCAUCCGAAGGCGGCCCUCGGUCAGGCCCUGGCCGAGCGUGAGGCAAGCAAAACAUAUCGACCCACCGUGGUCAAGUUCAAGAAGCAAUUCGAAACCUAAACGUCUCAACAGUCCAUGACAUUCUAGUAGAUAUAGUAACGCGAUGUGAUACCCUUUCUCAGCUAGUCAAUAAAUGUUUUAUCUCACAGGAA